AUGACGAGACUCGCUUUUCUCUCGUUUCUCCUUAUAGCUAUCAUGGUGCCUACAGCCUCAGCAAACGGUUCGGUAGCCAGUUGUUGUCUGAAGCUGUCGACCACUAAUAUCCAUCGAGACUUUCUGGUGGUUUAUUACAAACAAUAUAAACCGUCAUGCCCCAUACACGCAGUGGUAUUUAUCACGCUGAGAGGCAAAAGGAUCUGCGCUGACCCUGGAAGAGUGUGGACUAAGACCAGCAUGGCCUACAUAGAUGGAAAGAACUCAGUAUCUCAUCAAACACCGCUGAAUCAAUAAUUCACAACUGUUGAAACUAAAAUACAAGUAUUCUUAUUUGAGCUGCAUAGACCUUUGAAUGUUUUCAUACUAUUUUCAGUCCUUACAUAAAAUGUUAUCUAUUGUAUUUGCCUUAUAACUGUCAAUUAUAUGAUGUUUGAUGAAUGUAAAUAUGUAAAUGAUGCAUUACUUCCAUUGUUGAUGAUUCUGAGUUACAUUACCAAGUAAAAGUUGUGACAACGUAACAGCUUCUGGGUCGUGAGUUGCAGAAUAAAUCACUGUUCCACAGUGAGCGUAUGGAGAACAGCUACAGUUUGUAUCUCACCAUCUAGAAAACACAAAGACUGAAAACAAAGUUGAGCCCAAAAAAUAUUAAGAGCCUUUACUGAAGUCAAAGUAGGAAUACCGGACUGUAAGAAUACUAAAAGAAAACUAAAAUGUAUCCUUAUAUUAAUUUAUUACAUUACUAUUUCAAUCUUACAUUAUAAAAUGAGUCUUGAAUAUACGUAUAUGUGGAAUGUACGUUGAAUUUAGUUGCUCAAUAAAAAUGUUUUAAAACCAAAUA